AUCAAGAAAGCGGUUGACUGAUUACAUUUUGCCAGGCGUAGCUGAUGAAGGCGACCACGGUAGUUUGCGAAGUGCGUGCGUGAGCUGUGUGGAGAUCGCGCGCAGUUUUCGGCAUUUUCGGUAUCUGCGCGUUUCGCCCGCGACAAACUCCCCCGGAGCGGACUGCAGUCCUGCAGUCGCGCAGGCGCAACUGCGUACGUGACGGACGUUCAGGACAGUUUCGGAACUGGCCGAGAUGUCUCCGCGCAAAAGCCCGUUCGGAGAUCUGGGAAAAGCGACCCUCCGCGGCAUCCGAAAGUGUCCCAAGUGCGGCACGUACAACGGCACCCGAGGGGUGCGCUGCAAAAACAAGGCGUGCGACGCGGUGUUCCGCGAGCGCGGUGCCCGGAAGCGUGCUGCGGACGCCGUGCGAAUCUUGGCUCCCGGCAGCCAGCAGCUGUACUCGGUGCGGCUGCUGCGGGGCGAAGCGCGCACCUUCGUGCAGUUGUCGGUGGACGGUACGGCGCACUGCGACGGCUGCGAGGGGGCCUCUGGCUGCGCGCACGUGCAAGCGGCCCUGCGGUGCGGCGCACAGGCCCAGGCCCUGCCGCUCAAGGCGUCUGUGGUGGCAGCCCAGGAGGCGAGCGUGCGCCAGGCCAUCUGGGAGCUCGCCGCCGCCGAGGGCCCGCCGCUCGUGCAGCGGGUCUCCAAGUCUGCGCUAGUAGCUCGCUUCCAGGGCGGUUUCGUGCACGUGCUGGUGAGUCCGAGGCGCGAGCUUCGCUGCGCGGGCUGCUUCGCUCAGGGCCCGAACCCGGGCUGCGUCCACUCGUACGCUUGCCUGUGCGCGCUCACCAGCGUGGACACACUGCGCGCCGUCGCGCCCAAGCAGCCCGAGCCGUCGCUCACUUUCCCGCAGUGGCUGGCCGGCGUGACGGAGCGCAUCAACGAGACGAUGCGCUACGAAGGCUCCGGCCGGCCGGACCCGCUCGUCUUCCACGUGCCGCACCAGUUCUUCGACUGCCUGCAGCAGCGAAUCUGCGGCCGCAGGCUCCCCGCGCGCAGAGACGGCGCCCAGUGCAGUUGGCACAUCACCAGCCUCCUGCACGUGAGGCACAUCUUCGACAGCCCCGACGUGCCGCUCGAGGACACCCGGGCCUUCGUGGAGAAUCGCGACGGCACCUACCGCGUGUACCAGCCGCCGCCUUCGGACGGUCAGCGCACCGACGGCUGUCCGCGCAUCAAGCCGCUCGAGCUGAAGACCUUCCUCAACAGCCACCCGGCAUGUCCCUUCGUCAUCGAGUGGAGCCCCGACGUGCUGCCCCGCAGCCGAGUCGGCGAACUGCGCCUCAAGUUCGAGUACGGGCACCUGCGCAACGGCCAAGUCGAACUGAGGCCACCGCUCCCCGUGUCUCCUCCUUGUUACUAGCGAAAGUUUCGCGCCGGUGGUUUUUGUCGCAAGGUGUGUUUGUGCGCGUGCACGGUUUCGUUGCUCUCCCAUCAGCUGGAUGCUUUCCAAAUAUCCCCAAACUCGUUCGAACGGUCCACCAGCAUUACUUUUGUAACUCAUCGCUGCUGCGUUGGCUGCGUCGCAAAAUUUCGUCAAUAAAUGCGAGCGCUGCA